AUGUGUACGGGAAAAUGUUCCCGCUUUGUGGGGCUCUCCCUCCUCCCCAUGGCGUUUAUUUCCAUGAUUGCAAACCUCUUACUGAUGUUUCCCAAUGGAGAAACCAAAUGGACCAACCAUAUCGCAACCCAAGUGUGGCUGAUGGCUGGUCUCCUGGGUAGCGGUCUUUUUAUGCUGUGCCCCUCAUGUAAUGCUAUACGAGCUGGUGGGAAAGGCUGCUGCGGUGAAGGAUGCUGUGGGAAUAGGUGCCGGAUGUUACGGUCAACUAUCUCUUCAAUAUUCGGAGGACUCGGAAGCUUUUACUGUGUGAUUGUGUCAGCAACGGCGUUGGCUGAUGGUCCUAUGUGUUUCAGUAGCAAAGAGGAUAAUUGGGGCUACCAUAUGAAGAACUUGAAUGAGAGCUACCUGGUCAAUAAGGAUGUAUGGGAUGACUGUGUCCAGCCCCCGAAGAUCGUCCUCUGGCACAUUGUCCUGUUCUCCAUCCAGCUGGGGAUCGGGGCCCUGCAGUUUAUCCUCUGCGCCUCACAGCUUAUUAACAGUCUCCUUGGAAUCAUGUGUGGAGACUGCCGGAAGGACGACAAGAAUAAAGGUUAAGAGAGACGCAAUGAGGUGAAGGCUGAACUUAUCAAUAUAACUCCAAUAGACUGCGAAGACGCGAAGAGAAACCUAAUAUAAUGUGUGUUAUAAGGGCGGGGAUCGGAAGAGAUGAGCCGCCAUGUUGUGUUUACAGGGAAAGUGUAAAUAAAGAUUUGGGGACA